ACUGUCCCCGCAGAUAUGCUUAUUCUCGCAGGAACUGCUAUUGUAAACGAGGCUAUCCUUACCGGCGAGUCAACGCCCCAAUGGAAGAGUGCAAAAACAAACCUAAAUGUGGAGCAAGUUUUCUUUUCAAUAGCAACAGAUAUCAAGCAAAGACUUACAGAAACCGACACCAAGGCCGAGGGCUUGGCUGAGAAGUACAAGAAAACCGUUGCGCAAGUGGUUCUGCGAUGGGGCAUACAAUGAAACACCAUAAUCAUCCCUAAAUCAUUGAAGCAAGAACGAAUUGAAGAGAAUUACAAAGUGUUUGACUUUGAGUUGACCAAUAAGGAGAUGAAGAACCAUAAAAUGGCCAAGGAAAUGAAGAACCAUAAAAUUGCCAAAUCCUAUGAUAAAAGAAUUGAUCAUAUGUUUGUAUGUCUUGAUCAGUGCAUUCUUGUCUGUGACAGCUAGAACGUAAAUUUGCUAUGUGUUUCCUCAUGUGUGUGAUUACAGGCCAAAGAAACAUGUAUGCAUGCAUGUUAAAUGUAAAGGAAACACUUUUGUUUCGAACUUAAUCAAAUUUAUUUGCAAAUAUACAGAGUGUCAAGAC